AUGAAUCUGCCCAUUUCGUCGUUCUCCCUCUGUCUGCGCGGACGAAUCAUCGUUGGUUCUGUUCUUGUCCUAAAGCUAUUCGCGCACAAUGGCUUCUACCAACACCCCCGCUGGGGUCGAUCAUACAUUCAGAAGGAAAUUCGAUCCAGAAGGACUCAGAACGGUCUAAAUCAAUGCCGGUCAAAAGGUCCUCCCGUGCAAAGAAAGCCUCUGGAGCACAGAGAUUAUCAAGUCGACCUUGAAUCUCGGCUGGGCUGGUUACUACUGUUCUGUUUGCGGGUACGUGGUAAAAGAUUCUGCCAACUACUUGGAUCACAUAAACGGGAAGAAACAUCAAAGGGCGUUGGGUAUGUCUAUGCGGGUCGAGAGGUCAUCACUUGAGCAAGUAUUAAACCCCCAUAUUUCAUAUGAUUAAAUCCGAGACAAUGCUUUCGGAAUUGUUUUGCAUUUUAGGUUCAGGAAAGGUUCGAGUUUUUAAAGAAACGAAAAAGGCCCGGUACCUUUACGGAAAAAGGUGAGAUUCUACACAGACUCCCUCUUUUCUGUUUGAUGAACGUAUAAGGAAACAGCAAGAAGAUGAAGAAGAAGGAAGACGGCGACGGCAUGAGAAGAAGGUUAGUGAUCAUCAUCAUCAUCAUCAUCAUGAUAUGUACAUGCACACUCAGCCUUUGGGCUGAGUGAACUGCGAAUUCAUUCACUAGUUGAGAAAGAAAAUGAAUAACAAAGUCGAAAGCCCUAAAUCCACAAGUUCAACAUCA